CUGAGGGGAGGGUUGAAGAGGAAAACACAGCUGCUGACCAAUGGAUCGGAUGGGUUUCAUAUGCUCAUUUUAAAGCCAAUAGACUAGUUUGUGGAUCUGUUAACGCUCUUUAUCAACAACUGCUUGGUCACUAGAGCUGCUUUCGUUUUGUGCUCCAAGUGCUCGGAUACAGUUCCAGUGAGGGCUGCUCCUCCGGACAGGUGCGCACGGUGCGCAGAGAGGAUGGGCAGGAGUGAGGCUGACAGCAGAGGCGCAAUGAACACCAGCGACUGCUCCGAGCUCGGUUGCCCGCGGGACGUGACAUGCAGCGGCAUCCGUGCGGGUGAGAAGUCCGCGGCGCUGGGAAGCCACCGUGCCUGCAGCGCGGACAAGAGGCAGAGAGACCCAGACAUGGUGGGUGCGGCGAGCCCGGCUCCAAAUGUCACAGAGCCGACUGAAGUAAAGAAACACCAGCACAAACACAACUUGAAACACCGCUACGAGGUGAUGGAGACUCUGGGGAAGGGCACCUACGGCAAAGUGAAGAAGGCAGUGGAGAGAGCAAGCCUGAAAACGGUGGCGAUUAAGUCAAUACGCAAGGAGCGUAUCACAGAUGAUCUGGACAGAAUUCACAUCCAGAGAGAGAUUGAGAUCACCUCCUCGCUCAGGCACGCCAACAUUAUACGCUUCCAUGAGGUGUUUGAGAGCCGGGAUAAGAUUGUGAUAGUGAUGGAGUUCGCCAGCAGGGGAGAGCUGUACGAUUACAUUCAGGAGAGAAGGAGACUGCCUGAAACAGAAGCCAGAGGCAUCUUCAGACAAAUCACAUCUGCUGUCCACUACUGCCACAAGAACGGCGUUGUGCAUCGAGACCUCAAGCUGGAGAACAUCCUUUUGGAUCAAGAUUUGAACGUAAAGCUGGCUGACUUUGGCCUUUCCAAUCACUUCCAGAGGGGGACUCUGCUGCAGACCUACUGUGGAAGUCCACUUUAUGCUGCCCCGGAGAUAGUGAACGGACUGCCCUACCAGGGGCCAGAGGUGGACUGCUGGGCGCUGGGGGUGCUGCUUUAUGCCCUGGUGUACAGCAGCAUGCCAUUCAAUGGGGCUAGCCACUGCACACUUACAGACCAAAUCAGCCAAGGUCGCUACAGCAGACCCAACCCCCCAUCAGACGCCUGCGCUCUUAUCGACUGGUUGUUGACAGUGCGUGUGGAUGAGAGGGCUACGAUAGAGGACGUUGCCAACCACUGGUGGGUGAACUGGGGUUUUGAAGAGAGUGUGUGUGACUGCCCUUCACCCCCACACCAAGAAUGCCCCUCCCCCCUACUGGCACGCUACAUCGACUGGCAGAAUCGUGUCGCCGUUACCAGCAACAUGAGCCUAUCCUCAGACUCUUCCUGUCCACCUCAACUCUCACCUCAUCCCUUUUACUUCAGCUUCCCUCUGACGAGUGAUCGAGGAGGAGGAAGAUUAUGCAGAAGAAUGUCAAGCCUGAGGAAGUCACGCAAGGAGAAUACAAUUCCCCAGACUGCACUUGGAGCUUGUGAUGGUGUUAGCGAAACAGCUGCCUCCUCUGCUGCGAUUUCCUCCACUCCCACCAUUGAAAGAAAGAAGCCCAAAGGUAUUCUAAAACCCCACAGAAGUUUUGACUCAAUCUUUCACAGCCCUCCUAAAGAAAUAUUCUCCCAACUGUGUAGCACUGCUCCCCAGCCUUUUCAAUCACAUUCACUUCCCCGCACACAUGCUGAUGUCCUUUCCACCAGCCUGCCACCUCCCUCUACUUUCUGUCAGCCCUCAACCAAGAUGCCCAAGAAGGGGAUACUGAAGAACUUGUAUGGGGGGGAAUCGAGUUAUGGCUCAUCCUCACAAAGAAGGAUAUCUGGAGCAGAAGUUAAAGAUGGAGAAGGAGCAGGUGAUUUCUGCUACCACAACCAGCACACUGGGCUCCCAGCGGCAGAAGACAGCCCCACCAUGCGCACUGAAGCGGUAAGAAGAAGGAAGGGGAUUCUGAAACGCAACGGCAAGUUCUCUCGCAGUCUGGAUCUUCACGAUGACCAGCACCCGGCAUCCAUGAUAUUCCCUGAAGCUCUCCAGCAGCUUCUCCAGGACACAGGGGGUGCCCAGGGUCGCCGUAGCCGCCCCUCAAGUGUGGUGAGCGAGGAUAGCCUCUUCUCUUCCGAUUCCUUUGACCUCCUAGACCUCAGCGCUCAAUCACGUCGCAGGUUUUUCUCUCGUGCGACGCAGCAAAGCGCGUGCAGCUCUGAGGAGGACCUGGAGCAGAUGAGGGUUGAGUCACACAGAGUUAGUGGAGAAGGCUGCUAACAUAAACCCAAGAAUAAGGUAGACACAAGUGUGCUGAAAACAGGGUUAAACACCAGUUCUUCAGUUCACUUUUCUGUGCCAUUCAGUGUCUGCCAUCUUGCAAAGACCCUGGAAAUGUUGCUUAUCACGAACAAUAAUUUUGUAUUAAUGAUGAAUGGAACUAUCAAUGACAUUUGAAUUGUAAUUUGAAUGCAAGGCAAUGCAGAAAGUGAUUAGACACAAAGUGACAACUAAAUGGGAUCACAUGUCUGAGUAAAUGUGGCCGAAUGGACGGUUCAAUCUACUCACUCUGAACUCAUCUGCAAUAAAUCCACUUUAUAGAUUUAACAGGAGAUUUCUCUUCUGAUAAGCCUUGAAAAAUCUGAGUCUGGAUCUGUAAAGCACUGCAUGUUUUCUGAACUGAUGCGAAGUAAAACAGAGAGUAUGUGCAUCUGUGAAUCAGUAUGUCAACUGUGACGAUUAAUCAACAAGCUAUGUACAGCAAUUUUCCAUCCAACUUCUUUUUAUGGCCAUUUUAUGCAUAAAACCCUGAGAGGUUAUGUUGAGAAGUAAUAAAAUACACUUGAAAUGUUUAGCUGAGCUGUUAAAGUUGGUGUAUCAACAAAAGCAAAAUGCAACAAAGUGUAAUGAUAACAGCAUUAGUGAAUAAUGUUAGACGGAAACAACAGAUCUGUGUGGAAACUUUUAAUGUUCUUCAUACAAAGAAAUAUACAAACAUAAAUGCCAGAUUGAAAAUAUUGUUUUCCAAAGUUUAAGGUUUGACUCUAAUAAUUAUAAUUUUAAAAUAAAAAAGGCAGUGAAUGGGAAUGCACAUUGACUUGCACUUUGGGAAUUAAGUUUGGCUACAUUUGAAACCUGUAUAUAAAGGUGGUUUAUUAUUAGGAUGCAUUCUACUAUUUGGACUGACACUAUGGCAACACCUUCCUUUACAAUAUUUUAUCAUUGAUUCACAGAAAAAAGUUAUUAUGAAGGAAUUUUUAAGUGUUAAUACAUGUGCAGUAUUUGUAAACCAUUUUAGCUUCUAUAGAGACAUGUUUUUUAAAUGUGUUUUACUAGAUUAUUAUUAUCUAUUUCGACACCAGCAUCCACAAUUGCCCACAGUGAUGCUAUAAAAAAAGAUUAUGUUUACAUUUACCAUUUGUGUGUCGUCACACAUUAAUUAAAUGUGUAUUCACCCCCUAUAUUCCCUAAGUAAGGGGAGUUAAAAUAAAGCGUUAACUAUUUCAUGACUAUAUUUGUACACAGUAUUGUAAUAUUUUGCUCCUUUGCACAAACAGACACAGUGUGAAUACAAGAGGGAUCACAUUUAUUUUUCUAUGACACCCCAAGUGCUGCUGCGGACAUUUAAAAUAAAUGGGUAUGCAGUAGACGUAUAGACGUAUGCAAUUUUAAGACUGUAAUUUUCUAAAAGGAUUGUUAAUUUUGUUCAAGCAUUUCAUAUUUUUUGCAUGGCUGGGGGUCAAAUAAAUGAUGUGAACCUAAA